ACAGACGUGAAAAAAUGGAAGCGAUUGCGCAUAAACUUGGCUUAAAUUUUGAAUUUUUUGAAGCCAUUUCCAGUGAUAAUGACGAAAUUCUAAACCAGUUUAAAUCUACAAACCUUACUUCUCGACACAAGGCUUGUUAUGUAAGCCAUUACAAAGUAUAUGAAUCAAUUGUCCAUAAUGGAUACAGUGAUGUUUUGAUUUUAGAAGAUGAUGUUGAUAUUGAAAUGGAUAUUAUAUCAAUUAUGAACGAAAUUUUCCAUAUUUUACCCACUGACUGGGAAAUGUUAUAUAUUGGACAUUGUGCUCAAGAGGAUAUUGGUGAAUUUAUAGCCGAAACAACUUCCAACUUUAAAUUAUACAAAUCUACAAGACCGCCUUGUAUACAUGCAUAUGGCAUCACAUCUUCCGGUGCUCGCAAGCUUCUAAAAGAACUUAUCAAUCCAUCAGAGCCGGUUGAUGUAGAGAUAAUCCGAAAAAUUACCUCAGGGAUCAUUACUUCAUAUAGUUUGGAACCAAAAGCUAUCGUACAAUGGAAAUCUAGCGAUAAUCCAUCAGAUGUCUCUCCUGGCGACGUUCAGUGGACAUAUCCUUUAAAAAAUUCUACUUUACAUUCCCUUGGAUAUAAAGAAACAUGA